CACUUCCAUAGGACCUGGCCUACGGCCGUUGGAUGAAAUUUGAACUUUGCAUUUAGUUCACCACUUGUUGUGCACAGAUUGACCACUCGGCUCAUGAGUUUGUAUUUAUAUGCAUAUUCAUUCGUUGGUGUAUUCUUAUUUCACUAGCAAACCAAUCGCUAUUUUUUUUAAUAGGAGGAUGGCUGGUACUAGUAAUACUGUUCCAACUUUUACCGAACCUAUCAAUCUAGUUCUUUUCGGCAGAGUUGGGAAUGGAAAAAGUUCUCUUGGCAAUAGCAUCAUCAGAAAGACUGCGAUCAAAAAUGGUCAAGCUGUUAGUGCCAGGGCAUUUGAAGCAAAAGCUGCUGCUUCUGGUGUCACAAGUGAAUGCAAAAUGGAGACAACUACCCUCCAUGAUGGCCAAGUUGUUACUGUCAUUGACACUCCAGGGAUAUUUGAUACGGAAGUAGGUGUAGAAACUUUACAGAAAGAGAUCGUCAAAUGUAUGCACAUGACGACAGACGGGAUCCAUGGGUUUCUUUUGGUCUUUUCUUUUAGGACUCGGUUUUCGGAGGAAGAAGCCCAUGCAAUCACGUAUUUGAAAUUCUUUUUUGGUGACGAUAUUGUUAACUAUAUGAUUGUCGUUUUUACCGGCGCUGAUGAACUAGAAGAUGACGAAAUAACCCCGGAAGGCUAUUUCUGUACUGUUCCUCAAGCACUGAAGGACGUAAUGGAAUUGUGCAACAAUAGGGUCGUUAUUUUCGAUAAUAAGACUAAAGAUGAAAACAUACGCAUAGACCAGGUUCAACGAUUAACGAAUUCUGUAAAGGAGGUCCUAGCUGCAAAUGGUGGAAAACCGUUCACAAAUGAAUUCUUUGAAGAGUUGAAGAGAGAAGCCUCGCUAAGGCCAGAGACUGUAGAACAUAAUUUAAAUAUGUAUAUGUUGUUUCAACAGAGGAUAGCUGAGAUAAAUAACGCGAUUACGAAGAGAUUUGAAGAGACAAUCGAACGGAUAAAGCAGGAUUUAGAAAACGAACGAUGUGCCAGAAAAGAAUCAGAAGAAAAGAUGCUACUUGAUUUAGAAUACCAACGAUCUUCCAGAAAACAAUUAGAAGAAAAGAUGUUAGCUGAUUUAGAAUACGAACGAUCUAUCAGAAAAGAAUUAAAAGAACAGAUAGUUGAUUUAGAAUACGAACGAUCUGCCAGAAAAGUAUUAGAAGAAAAGAUGUCACUUCGUCGUAAUUGUAGUAUACAAUGAGUUUGGUGUUUAAUCCAAGUACAGUUUCUUCAAAGCUGCCUCGUUGGUUAUAUAUACUAUCGGGAUGAUCCUGAUGUAUAAUUUGAUUUUCCUUAUUAGGUUUGAUAUGUGUUUGUUGAUAUAAUCAACAAUGCAGUAUCGUUAGAUUGUUGAAGGGUUUCAUUUUAUUUUAUUUAUGAUAUUAUAAUAAAGAAUGCAAUCGUUAGAUUGUUGAACGUUUUCAUUUUA